AUGUCUACCCUCUCUCCAGACCAGAUCAAAGUCCUUGAGCAGUCGCGCCAAAGGCUCGUUCAAUUAACCCGCUCCCUCGCCUCCCUAAUCUCAAGUCUUAACCAAAGUGACCCUCUUCCGCAAUGGUCCUCCCUCCAAUCCCAAGCUAGUAUUAUCUCCAACAACCUUAUCGGCGUCUCCGAACACCUCACCGACCACCGCGACCUCCUCACCUCACUAGUAGCCUACCCAGGUCCCGAAUACCCCAGUCGCACACAAGCCAAUACCCUCGAGCAACUCCUGCGCACUAAACUCGAUCCUCGCGUCGAGGACUGGGUUGCGCGCGGUCGUACAGCAGGCACUGAAGCCGCCGCGGUCACUACAUCAGGAUUCAAUCCAGUUCUAUCGAUCCCGGGUUCCGUCGCGGGACCUUCAACGGGUACAGGAGGAAAACCGCUCAGCGAGGCACAACUAGCGGAGUUAUGGGAAUGGGCACCCAUCGAGGCGAACCAGGAGGCCAGACGGAGGAAUUGGGGAGGGAAUUUCACUCUUGAGGAGCGGGAACAGGGUAUUGAGAAUGUUGUUACGGGGUUGAAGAAGGAGUUGGAGGAUGACGAGGGGAGUUCGGAGGAGGAAGAUGAAGAUGAAGAGGAUGGAGAAGAGAUGGAUAUUGUGGGUGUUCAUCGCAAGUCUGGUGGUUCGGGCCUUGAGUUUGAUAUUGCGGCUCAUCAUCCUCAUGCUGUCCAGCCUGUUGUUCCGCUGGGGGAUAUCUUGAGAUACAUGACUACUGGACGGAUGUCGUGA